CAACACGCUCAGGAAUCGUUACAUAGAAACUCUAUAUAUAUAUAUUUGUACAUACAAAAUAGAAGCAAUUAACGCCUGUUAAAAAGAACGACUAAGUGUCCUUGGCGAGGACAGUGAUAGGCAGGCGAUGAAGUUGGCGGAGAGGUGCCGCCGCAAGGGAACCGGAAAGAAAAGCCCGAUAAGCGCUGGAAAAUCGCUGGAAAAAUCAAUAACCGUCCCGUUGGGAGCCAGGCAUCAAAUUCAGCCAUAAGCCUACUAAUCAAAAGGGAAAACCAAAAUAAAAAUCGUGAUCCCAAUGAACGGGAGGGAGUGCUCGGCACCCAGGCAGCCCUUCAAGUGUGCCAGAGGAGGAGAGGCAACCCAAAUGCACCCGCUGAAGGGAACCCCAGUGCCGGUGGUGGUGGUGGAAGUGGAUGUGGUGACUGACAGCCCUUGGUCUUGGUCCACCCCUAAAUCAGCAUUGCAACCCGCUGCCGAGCCGUGGAUUAAGGGCUCAUUUCGUCGUCGUCGUGUCUACUAUUCUAGUGGUUGUUGUUGCAAGUGCUAGAAGUGGAGCCCCAUUGAAAUGGUAUCAUGGCCGGCCGAGGCAAUACUUGAUACCUAAGCCGAACGAAUGCAACAAAUCACUAAAUAAGUCUUCCAAUCCUAGUCAGUAAUUAAUUAGUCUAAGUCGCGAAGUGAAGAAGGCAAGUGCGCGAAGUUGCGGCAAUCGGAGUUAAUCAAAUAAUAAUAGAAGUUCUAGUCCAAUGUCUCCUAAAAACAUCCAACGUCUUCCAGAAGGAUAAGAAUACACAAAAUUAUUAAAAAGUCUUGGGUUUCGCAUAAUGUAGCCCAAAGUGAAAUCAAAUAAAUGCUAAUCCAUCGUCUUCCAAUCGUAAUCGAUGAAAUUAUAGCAGAAUAUCUUAUAAACAAACUAUUUUUGUAAUUAUAUAAAGCAUAAAUCCACUGUCUUCUAAUUACAUGGGUUAAAACAUUUAUUUACACUUACAAAAUAUAAAAUCUAUAAAAUCGCGAAUCGAAGAUACCGAAAAAGCUAAAUUACCAAACUUAUUUAUAAUUGAAAUCCACUGUCUUCCGAAAAAAUGGAUAUAUAAAGUGUAAAUGUAUUUUUGUAUUAUAAAGAAAUUCUAUUAAAACCCGCGAGUUAAAUAUAACUAUUAAAAAUGCCUAUAUAAACGGAUUAAUAAAUAAAUAAUAACAUUUAAAAGAUCCACUGUCUUCCACGUACAUGGAUUUAUAUAUAAUAAAGAAAAUCAAAAUUAAGAACUAUUUAUAAAGAAGAUUCAGGCCCCUCGAACAUCUUACAAAAAAACAAAUAUUUAAGUGAAUAACUUAAGAACAAUAAAAACCACAAUGCUUUCCUCGGAGAUCUACAGUAACACCACAACAUCCACGGCUAUGGCGGCAGUGGGAGUCACGGCAACUGCCUCUGUGGCCACUGCAUCCACGACCACAACAACGAUGGCGGCCACCACAGUGCAGGUGGUGAAACCGAAGAAACGCCGAAAGCGACGCAAACGCGCAGGUCACGCAAUCGCCACCACCACCGCCACCGAAAAGAGCACGACCAACCCCGGCAGCAAGCCGAGCAGUCCCAGUCCCCGUCCCCAAACCGGGGAAAGCCUCUCCUCCAUUCCUGCUGCCUCCGCAAACGGGGGCAGGAAGAGCAAGGCACCAUACUUCCAGCACGACAACCGGGAGUACCUGGCCAAGUACGAGAGCUUCCGUUUGACCGCCCACACGUGGAACUACGCGGCGGUGGCCAGGAAGUUCAAGCCCUUGCGGCCGGCGUUGGCAAGCGGCGCCAACAAGACCAGGCGACCAGCAGUCUCCAAGAGGUCGCAUUCGGAUUGCGCUUGCGCCUGCCAGCUGAAAGACCCGGAGCCGGCACUCGAGCCGGGUCACCGAACAGCUGAGCACUCCAUCCAGAGGGAACUGCCUGCGUCACAGGCCAAAAUCAAUAUCGAUGGUAGCGUGCUGCUCGAGCUACUCAAGUAUUCCUCGAGCAGCCUGCUGGAGACACUGCUGGGAGCCGGCAGUGCGAUGGCCUCAAGCGCUCGCGACACCCAUCAAAUAGCCGAGGCUCAGCAGCAGAAGAACGCAAAGCUGCGCGAGGCCUUUAACAUAACCGAGUACUUUGUGGAGGGCAGCAGCUUCGACAGCGAUCGCAAGGCGAAGGAGGACCUGGCCAAAAGCGUGGCUCUGCAAAAGGAACUGGACGCCCAGCGCGAAAGCCUCGCGGCGGCGGCAGCUGCCGCAGCAGCAGGCAAGGACAAGGAGACCGGGAAGCGCUAUGCCCUAGUGCGCACUCCCUCCCGCGAACGGGAGCGGGAGCGCGAUCGCGAUGGAGGCGAUGCAGUGGCUAGCGGGGAUGAGCGCGAGCAUGUCUCCAAGUCGGACAAGAAGAAGCGCAAGAAGCGCGCCAGAGAGAGUUCGGCCAGUCCUGAGCGCAAGAAGGACAAGAAGAAAAAGUCGAAGAAGCACAAGAAAGAGAGUAAGUCGAAGAAGAAAAAGUCGCGUAAGCGCAAGCACAGCGAGAGUGGCCGUGAUACCGACAAGGACAGCGAUGAGGAGGACGACAGCAGCGAGGAGGAUCGGCGCGAGUCGAAGAGUGCCCGCAAGAAAGCCAAGAAGGACAAGGAUAGCUUUCAAUGGCUCUCUUGUAGUUUUAAAAAACGCGACAAAAAGCUGAAAAAGAAGUCACGCGCCCGUGCCAGCUCCACGGAUUCGGAGCGCUCAAACUCUCCAUCACGGAAGGAGAACAAGUCGGACAAGUCGCGUGGGAUUAAGGCUUCCAAGUCCGAUGAGAAGACUUCGCAGCAGGAUAAGGCGACAACGCGCAGCCGUUCUCGAGAGCGUCGCAAGGAUACAAAAGCCAGGCCGCAGGAAUCCUCUAUAGACAGCCGACGACAAAAGUCGAGGGAACGGUCUGCGGUUACCCCACCACGUAAGGAGCCGGAAAGGCUGCGAGAGCGCUCAAAGGACAGGCAAAGGUCCAAGGAAAGACAGCGAUCGAGGGAAAGACUGCGUUCUAAGGAAAGACAGCGGUCUAAGGAAAGACAGCGAUCCAAGGAGAGACAGAGGUCCAAGGAAAGACAGCGAUCCAAGGAAAGACAGCGGUCUAAGUCCAAGGAAGGACAGAGAUCCAAGGAUAGACAGCGUUCCAAGUCCAAGGAACGACAGAGAUCCAAGGAAAGACAGAGAUCCAAGGAUAGACACCGAUCCAAGGAAAGACAGCGAUCCAAGGAGCGACAAAGAUCCACGGAAAGGCGCAGGUCCAAGGAUAAAAAACAAUCGGUGGACAAAAGGCGAGACAGGUCCAAGGAUCGAUCAAAGGAAGAGCAGAGGUCCAACGAGGGGCAACGAUCAAAGGAGAGACAACGAUCAAAAGAAAGGCAGCUGUCCAAGGAUAGGCAAGGAUUAAAGGAAAGGCAACGCUCCAAGGAAAGGCAACACUCCAAAGAAAGGCAACGGUCCAAGGAGAGGCAACGAUCAAGGGAACGUCAACGCUCCAAGGAACGGCAGCGCUCCAAGGACAGGCAACGCUCCAAGGAACGGCAGCGCUCCAAGGAUCGCCCAGCCAAGGAAUCCCGGCCCACAAACUCGCCCAAGGAGCGAAGCCCCAAAAAGAAGGAUGACCGCCGUCAACGAUCGCCAUCCAAUGCGAGCAGAAAGCGAACCGAUGACACCAAGUUAAGCCGCAAUUCCCGAUCCCAAUCGCCAGCCCAUUCCCCAGAGGCGCCGCCCAAGAAGACGGUUCCGACGCCAGCCUUCAAUCCCUUCAAGGCCGCCGAAGACACAGUAAACGAUAUUCUGGGCACAAAGUCGGUGAUGGUGGCCCUGGAGCAGACCAAGCGACAGAGGGCGGCAUCCAGCUCUAGCUCGGAUUCCGAUAGUUCUAGUAGUAGUUCGUCUGUCUCCCGGACACCAUCGCCCAAGCCCACUCCCAAAAAAAUAAAAAAGAGGAGUAGGACACCAGAGCCGAAAGAGGUAAAGAAGGAAGCUAGUCCCAAGAAAGAGCGCCGCAGGAGUGUGAAGCGGGAGCGUUCGAACUCCCCGCAGGUAGUCAAGACAAAAAACAAGCUGGUCGAACCGAGUCCCAAACCAGCGAGGCGUCGUUCCCGCUCAAGUUCCUCGGAGUUGCGAUACUCGCCUGCCGAACGGCAUCCGGAGCGCUACCAGGACAUAAUCCAGGACAAGAAGCGCCCGUCCAAGGCUAGGGAAGCCCCCGCCACGAAACCUGCUCCAGUGGUCCGGCUAAGGGCACAAAGCGACGACGGGAGCGAUGCCGAAACAGGAGUGGAUGGCACCGCUUUGGAGGAAUUCCAGCAGAGUAGGCGGGAGCGCGAGGAGCAGCAGGAACUUCGCAUGCUGGAGCAGCUUAAGUCGGGGAUUGCGGCCAAGGCAAAGCAGAAGAUCAGGAUCAUGGAAAAGGACCCGGCCAAAGAGGGCAGCGAAGUAAGUGGCAGCGACCUGGUGACGGCUACUAAACGUAACUCGCUAAGCGAAUUCCUUGUUGCUAACAAUGUGACCGCUUUGAUUAACCCACUGACAACGACCACGCCCCCGCCGUGCUUGGCGGUGAUCCUGCCGCUGGAGCAGCGCAAGGAGUCGCCGGUGCCGCUGCGGGAUCCGGAACAGGAGCUGUCCGUGUCUGUGGAGGAGCCGCUCAACAAGAAAAGGGACGCCAGCACACCGCCCAUUUGCAAGACGCCCCACGUGGCGGCGAAUGGCGAGGCCAAGAGUCCGACAGUGGGUCACAAGAUCCACAUGCACCACAGGCCGCCUCCACAGCACCUGCAUCACCCGCCGCAGCAGCAGCAACAUCCGCAGCAUCCGCCGGGGAAGCGCAUCUUCCACAACCGCACUCUGAACAAUAACCCUAACAGUAGACAUAGUACUAACAACCCUCAUGCAUGUGGUGGUGGCGGGGUCCCUCAUUCGAAUCCCAACAGUAGCACUAGCAGCGGUAACAGCGGCAGCAAUCCGGGGAUGCUGCCCUUCCUGGCCGGCACGCCGGGCACCUACAACCGAACCACCAAUCGCCUCAACCACGGCCCCCUGCUGACCGCCACCCACUACAACAUCUGCAAGAACCAUCAGCACAGUCUGCAGCAGCAGCAGGCCCAUCACCUGGCUCGUGGCCUGGUCUACAACUCGGCUCUCUUCGGGCACGGACCCCGGCAUCCGGGACUCCUGUCCCUGACGGGAGCUGGCGUGGGCGUGGGUGGGCAAGGUGCUCCGCUGCUGGGUCAUCCGCCGCUUGUCCGGGGUGGUGGCGGUCCCAUUAGCUUCAAUGCGGCGGCAGCGGCUGCGGCCGUGGCUGCCAAUAGUAUUAGCUACCAUCAUCAUCACCAUCAGCACCAACAGAAACCGAAAAUCGUUAUAAAACCCUUCAAAAUUCACGAUCCACAGCCCCUAGUCGCGGCGCUCGCGGACAGUUCGCUGGUGGACGCCAUCGUCUCCAAGGUAUCCACGGCCACCGUGGCGGCGGCAGCGGCGGCGGAGAGUGCGGCUCGCAGGAGCAGGAGUCGAGAGCGUAGGAGCCGGAGUCGCAGCAAGCGGCGCACGAGCGGAAGCCAUCAUCGACAUCACUCCAGCAGUCGCUCCAGAUCGCGGUACAGCUCAUCCAGCAGUCGGAGUGGAUCACGCAGUUCCAGGUCCCGCUCCGGGUCGCACUCCUCCCGCUCCAGCUGCUCCUCGCACAGCAGCUCGGGCAGCUCCUCCUCCGGCAGCGGCUCCGCAUCAUCACAGUCCGGCUCCCGGUCACCCUCCAUCCCCAGGCGUCGCGGCUCGCCCAGCUUUCUGGACAGACGUCGCAUAACGAGUGCUCGCAAGCGACCGAUUCCGUAUCACCACAAAGGCACCGGGGAGGGGGAGGCGGCCGAGGAGGCCUCCAGUUGCUGCUCCAGUUGCUUCAGCCGCACCAGCAGUCCCGCCACGCCCCUCCUCACGCCCCUGCGCAACAGCCGGAGUCCCUCGAUGGCCGCCUUCUGAGUGUUAACCGCGUCGCUGCGCAAGAUGUGCGGCGAUUCCUGAGGAGGGGACAUGGAUCACUCGAACACUCUCAUCAGCCCUAGUCACCUAGUCAUCAAUCCUAGUCAGACCCUCCUAGUCCCUAAGAUACAUACAUAGUUGUUAUGCGCAUUUAACUUGUUUUACACUGCAUUCCGUAGCCCUAAGUUAGUCAUCAUCUGCCCAUGAAUUUACUAGCGAAAUUAUACUGUAGCCCCGAUAUUAAGCCAAUAAUACUCGUUCGUAAGCCUUUGCUCGAUUAUUUGCUAGUUAUAAGCUGCGUUUUAAUAUAAAUAAAUUAUUUGUUGCAUCUCUAAAA